GUCUGUUCGAGUCAGGGGAACAGGUUGGAAAGAGCCCGACGGAGGCUCGUACAAUCAAAUACUGUUGGUUGCAGGUUGUAACCGGAUCUAACACACAAGCUGGAAGGGCUCAGUGCAGCGUGGGUGCCCAGGGAUCCACUGCCUGAGUGUGGGGAGAGCAGCGGCCGAGACCCCAGAGACAUGAACCACACCAAGGGUGGCCUGGUCAUCUUCACUGCCAACUCGCACCCCUCAAGCCGUGAGCUCGGCAAGAGGAUUGCAGAGCGUUUAGGGGUGGAGCCUGGCAAGGUGCAGGUGUACCAGGAAGCUAACAGAGAAACACGGGUACAAAUCCAAGAGUCGGUGCGAGGCAAAGAUGUCUUUGUCAUCCAAACGAUGUCAAAGGACGUGAACACCACCAUAAUGGAGAUGCUGAUCAUGGUGUACGCAUGCAGGACGUCCUGCGCCAAAAGCAUCACGGGCGUCCUCCCCUACUUCCCCUACAGCAAGCAGUGUAAGAUGAGGAAGAGGGGCUCCAUCGUGUCCAAGCUUGUUGCCUCAAUGAUGUGUAAAGCUGGCCUCACCCACCUGAUCACCAUGGACCUCCAUCAGAAAGAGAUUCAAGGCUUCUUCAACAUCCCAGUGGACAAUUUGAGAGCUUCCCCGUUUCUGCUGCAAUAUAUCCAGGAAGAGAUCCCCGACUACCGAAACGCUGUGAUUGUUGCCAAGUCGCCAUCUUCUGCCAAAAGGGCUCAGUCAUUCGCCGAGCGGCUGCGUCUGGGUAUCGCAGUGAUCCACGGAGAAGCUCAGGACGCCGAAUCAGACCAAGUAGACGGCCGACAUUCCCCACCCACCGUCAAGACCACCGGAGCCAUUCACCCCAGCAUGGAGAUACCAUGUAAUGCACACACACUUGCAAAGAACUCGUCACACACAGGACUUUGUGCACCCCGUAUGAAUCACAGCAGGACUCACUGUCUGUGUUCAUUUCCAGUAUUGAUCCCUAAAGAGAAGCCCCCCAUCACUGUGGUGGGAGACGUCGGAGGACGCAUCGCCAUCAUAGUGGAUGACAUCAUCGAUGAUGUGGACAGCUUCGUGGCAGCAGCGGAGACGCUGAAGGAAAGAGGGGCCUACAAGAUUUUUGUCAUGGCGACACACGGCCUCCUCUCCUCAGAGGCCCCCAGGUUCAUAGAGGAGUCGGCCAUCGAUGAGGUGGUGGUGACCAACACGAUUCCCCACGAGCUCCAGAAGCUCCAGUGUCCAAAGAUCAAGACGGUGGACAUCAGCAUGAUCUUGUCAGAGGCCAUCCGCCGCAUCCACAACGGAGAAUCCAUGUCCUAUCUGUUCCGCAACAUAGGAGUGGACGACUGAAUAACCUGUGUCUCACUCAAACACACACACACACACACACACACACCAUUUGCCUUCUCAAUCCUCUCCUGAUACAUAGAGAUGAAUGAUGAGCAUAGUCAGCACACUGAAGUGCUACCUCUAUCAUAACAUACGAAUAUGAAUGCUAACCUGUCCUUUGAUUGCAGCUGAAGGAUGUGGUGACUGAACACACACUCUCAUACAUACGUAUCUAAGCACACCUAGUUUUGUUCAUAGCUUUGACCAAACACACACACACACUCUGAUUAGUGUCCCCAGUGGACAUUAAGGGAUUACUGCCGAGCUCUCCAGUGGCUGCGCUCCACACGCCUCAGUACUUUUUGUAGUGAACCCUGUCUUGUAUCUUUUCCCCCAUAGAAAUGAUAUCGAGGUUAAAUCAGCUCAUGUUAGUACUCAUUUGUUAGCGUUGAAUGUGUCUGAUGUUAUUAGUAAAGCAGAUUGUACUGAUAAUGUCAGUGCCUUCCACAGGACACAACACACAGGCCUUCGCUGCUCUUUUACACCUCGCCCUCAUUUGCAACUCUGGAAUAUACAGCUUCACAGCUAAUGACCACAUGUUGUGCAUGUUCAAAUCCAAAUCUGUGUUUGAUUAUUUCUGUGGUGUCUGAAUGUGCAACUAACACAGCUCAUUUCGACUCGUCCCAGCAGCCAUACGUCUGAGUGGAUGCCAUAGUGUUUAGACGUUAAUCUGGUGUCAAAUCUACUAAAUGCUAAUGUUGAUCUGGAUUUAACAGGAAGUCUUUGGAUCUUGAUAAUUGGAUGUUCUAUUUAAUGACAGUAAGUCAUCCAUAUAAAUGUGCCAUCAUCUCAAUACUUAGUGUUGAAUAUUUGUUUGUCUCACAAAUAAACACUCCCAGGCUGAAGAGGGCUCUAGAUGAUUAAAAACUGACGCUCCAGUUCCAGAUUUAAAGUACAGUCAGUCUCUGGUUAGAAGUUUGAGGUUGUUCUUAAUAAACUGGAAAUCUUCCAUUGUUAGAUCCCUGUGAAGGAGACUGAUGAAGUUUGCUUCAACACAUUGUCCAAGUUUAAAUAAAACUUCAAACUGUGGCUAAAACAGGAAAAAUACAUUUUUCUGACUAGCAAAACUUGACUGAAGCGGGUCUUUGUCACUUUAUCAGAUGCUCCCAAAAUGUUUUGUAUUUAUUUUCUGGAUUUAAUAUGAAUAAAGA